AAACAACAACAAUAAUAACAUUAAAAACCUCUUCGCGCCUUAAUUAGUUUUUUUUCCUCUCAUCAUUAAUAUUACUUUGUUUUGUUUUAAAAAUUAACUUAUAAAUAAAAUAACUUAAUUAAACAUCAACAAUAACAACGUGCCAUUACUUAAGCCAUCAUUAACAACAAUUUUUCGGAUAUCCCACCAAAUACUUUUACAAACAAAAUGUUAACGCAAGUGUAUUAAAUUUACAAUAUUUUAAACGUAAUUACAAUUAAUUCUACUACGAACCAUUCAUUCGUCCUCGUUAAACCAAAAAUCUAUGUUCAAAAUGAAUCGUUCCGCACACGGUGGCAGUACAAAAUCCUCUAAUUCAACUGUAACCACAAUGCGUCUGAGUAAAUCAUUUCAAAGUAAAAUGGAUAAAAUGUCGGAACGUUUAUAUGACAUUGUCAAAAGUGGAUUUAUGAUAAAAAGAGCUCAAAAUAAAAAACGUUUUACACCGGUCAACUAUAAACAGCGUUGGUUUGAGUUGACGAAAAAGACUCUGUCUUAUUUUGAUGUGGAAAAUGUUGAGCGUCGACGUGAACGUGGUCGUAUACCUGUUAAAGGUGUUAGACUUGUUGAAAUAGCAACAGUGAAUGGUGAGGGCGGUGAUCCUUUUGCACCGGAUGGUUUUCCUUUUCAAGUAGGUUAUUGUGAAUCCUCUGAUGAUCAAUCUCAACGUACUGUUCCUCAAUAUACCUUGUAUUUGGUAGCGAGUAGUGAUAAAGAACGUUACGAUUGGAUACGUGCCAUAAGACAAGGUAAGUGGAAGGGAGAUGGGUAG